GACAAAUUUAUUUUAACUUUUAUUUUGUUUAAUUGUUUGAUUUUGAAUAGUUUAGCUAAAUUUUCAUUGGAUUUUCAACAAACUUUUGAUGUUCCCCAAGAUUUUCCUAGAGUUGGCAACAAAACUGCAAUAACUCCAUAUUUCAAGACACAAAUGACUGUUUGGAAAAGUAUUAAAUGCAAUGAAAAAUCAGUGAUUAGUGGCAUUCAAUUGAACGCAACGUUGGCGGGUGAGGCCACAUGUAAUGGCUAUCACUCGUGGGAAACACCGUUUACAUACACGGCUAUAGUGAACGGCAAACCAGAGAAUCUAACAAUUGGCAAACUACUUGUCUAUUACUCAUAUUUGAAUGGCAAUAUGGUUGAAGUAAACACCGGUACCAUAACAGAGGGCCGCUGUAAGGGUGACGUGUUUUUCUCGGCCAACUCUUAUAUAGCCGACGACCAGUUCGGUUGUUCCGGAAAAGGUAUGAGCUCUGUGACUAUGAAAUGGAUAUCAGCGCAGGUGACCGGCAAAAAUUGUUUGUCAAACUGUCAAUUAGAUAAUGGAUAUAUCAAAUUAAAUCCUGCUAUUCAUGAUUAGACUAAAUUGUAACCAUACAUAUUAUGAUGCAUAUUAUAAAUAACAUUAUAU